GUUAUCAGUGGUUCGCUAUCAAACUGGGAGGGCGGAGCUGGUGCAGGCAUCAGUCCUGAGUCUGGUGCUAGUCACUGUUUUCGUUCAUGACUUGGGUAAUGGAGUGGAGAGGGUGUUUAUAACAUCCACAGAUGACACCCAGCCGGGAGAGGCUGCAAGCACUCUGGAGGACAGGAUUAGAGUUCAAAAUAACCUUGACAAAUUAAAGAAUUGGUCUGAAAUCAGUGAUUAAAUUAAAUAAAGACAAGUGCAAAGUACUACAUUUAGGAAGGAAAAAUCAAAUGCCCAGCUACAAAAGAGGGAAUAACUGGCCAGGUGAAAGCUCUGCUGAAAAGGGUCUGAGGUUACAGUGGAUCGCAAAUUGAACAUGAGUGAACAAUAUGAUGCAGUUGCAAAAAAAAGGCUAUCAUCCUCCUGGGGGUGUAUUCACAGAAAUGCCAUAUGGAAGAGAAAAGAGGUAACUGCUCAGCACUGGUGAGGCCCCAGCUGGACCCCAGCGGUGUCCAGUUCUGGGUGCCGCCCAUUAGGGAAGAUGUGGCUCAAUAGGAGGGAGUCCAGAAGAGAGCAACAGAAAUGGUCCAAGGUUUAGAAACGCUGCCCUGUGGGGAAGGGUUGAACACUGGGCAUUUAGUCUGGAGAAAAGACACUGAGCAAGGGGUGGGUACCUGAGAAGUUUCCAGUUAUGUGAAGGGCUGUUCUAAAGAGGACUGAUGGGUUGUUCUCCAUGUCACCGAAGGCAGGACAAGAAGCGAUGGGCUUCAUCUACAGCCUGGGAGAUUGAGGUUGGAUAUUAGGAAAACUUCUUAACUCUCAGAGUGGUUAAUCUGUGGCACAGGCGUCCCGGGAGAUUGUGAAAUCCCCAUCGUUGGAGGGUUUUAAGAGCAGGUUGGACAAACACCUGCAAUGAAGGGUCCAGCUUUUCUUAGUCCUGCUUCAGUGCAGGGGGCUGGGCGCGGUGACAGGUCGAGGUGGUUACAGCCCUUCGUUUCUGUAACGUGGGGAUUACUUGCUCAUACAGCCAAGGAUCACGUUCGCCCUCCUAGUGACAGCAUUCUGCUGGGUGUGCACGUUGGGCAGGCUUGUCAGGACCCCAAGUCCUGGGCUGCGUCGCUGCUUUCCAAGGUGCUGUCCCCCAGCCUGGGAGUGUGGCCUGUGCUCUGGGUUCCAGGCAUGGACCUGAGCCCACUUUACCGUGUGAUGCAGCUCACUCUGCAGAACUGACCUGGCAGCAGUUACCACGCCAACAAUUUUUGUCCUCUGCAAACUUAGAGCAACCGCUUUAUCUUCAGCCAGAUCAUGGAGGAUGAUACUGACCAGCCUUUGGCCAAAACCAGACCCCUGUGGGACCCCUCUAGAAACAGGGCAGGCUGCCUUCCCACUGCCCCCUUAUGGCCAGGGGUGGCUCUGCAGCACCCAGCCUCAGUUUCCCAGGAAUGCUCCACGGAGGCUUACAUGCAAUACCAACCCGCUUCCUUGGGGACUGGUUCAUUAACAUAAAGCAAACCCAAAGGCAAGUCUCUGCUCCACCAGCCUCCCAUGGGGCGCAGCACCUCCUCCCGGAGCUCUGGCAGCUCCCAGCCUCUCCAUUCGGCCCAAUUUUCAGCCCUUCCCAGGUUCUGCUCGGUCUGUCCCUGUGAACGCAGGGGUUGCACAGGCCUCCUUGCUGGGCCUGUUUUUCAGCUUCCCCAGCUGUGUCCUUCAGGUGCCUUUUCAGCAGCUCUCGGUCAUUCUUCCCCUUCCCUCCCUGGGAUGGGGGGGUCCACAGACAGCACCCCUCCCCCGCUGGUGGCUCCCCUUUAGGGCCCAGGGGCUUCCCGUAAACCCAGUGGGGCACCAAGUAAUCGGUCAUGGGUGUGCCAGCCCCUCCCCCCCCCUUAAAGGGGCUAGUUGCCCUGUGACAGCCUCUGGGGAUGAAAAUACCCCAUUGAUGAUUGCUUUGGGAAUCUGUCAGCCAGUUUCUAGUCCAUUUAAUCUGUGCUUCGUUAAAAACUAGCACUAUACAAACACCAUCAAUGAAUCUAGUUGCAAUGUAACGAGGCCUGUGGGGCUACCACUGAAUGCCUCACAGAAAUCUAACUGCCAUGUCACGUUACCUUUACUCACUGUGGUUGUAAUCUCAAAACAAUGCCAAGUGUGUUUGACGAGACCCGUUUUCUGUGAAACCACAUUAGUUAUGCUGCUCGCCUCUUUGGCCUUUACUGAUUGCAUCCUGGAGCAGCUUUUCUAUGAUUUUGCCCAGGAUCAAUGUCAGACUAAUUGGCCUAUAGUUACCUGGCUCAUCCCACUUACCAUUUUAGACUAUUGGCACAACAUAUGCUUUUUUCCCCUUCUCUGAGACUUACCCGUUGUCCAAGAUUUAUGAGAUCUUACCAAUUAGUGAGCUGCUCCUCAGCCAAUUAUUUUACAACUCUUGAGUGCAAAUUAUCCUUUCUUGUCCCUUUAGAAAUGUUUCACUGCAGCAGUGGCUGCUGCUCUCUGGCCUGGUCAGGACCAGGCUGCCAGGCCCUGUGGCAUCAUGGUGAACCCUGGGGUCCAAGGAAACUCUCUAACCCAGCUCCUUCCAGUUCCCUCGCCUCCCUGGCUCCGUUGGUGACUCUUGAGCAGCAGAAGGGGGGGGAGCUCAUCCCAUCCCCAAGCAGACAGGAUCUGGGGCUGCCAGCUACAAGCAGUGCCUCCCAUUUCUAGAAUCUUUCAGCUCGUUGCCAUGCCAACCCCAGCCCUUCCUGGGAGGCUGGCAAGCCCAGUGCCCCCCUUCCCUUCCAAUCCCCUUGGACCAGGCUCUGCUGGCUUCUGCAGACGGCUCCAUAGCCCGGGCUGAGCUGGACUUGGUGUCUGGGGCAGGGCAGGGGGCAGGCAUGGCACCCUGGCUAUGCACACAGGAAUGCAGCCCUUAAAUGAGCAGGGGGUGCUGCCAGCUGCUCGGCACAGCGAUGGGAAGGAGCUGGCCUGGCUGCUCUUGGUUCAGACGGGGCUACCCAGCCUGGCCUGCGGCUCUGCAGAUCCCUGCGGCGGACGAGCCCCUCCGAAGCGCCCGCCCCCCCAGUCGUCCCUGCCUGGUGCCUGGGGAGCAGGGCAGGCCCUGACCCUCCCCCCUGAGCGCCCCCACCCCAUGGACUCGCCCCCCCAGCUCUGCCUUCCAUCCGCCCCCAGUGCUUGGAGCGGGCGCCAUGGCAAUGGCUGCAGGCCACGCGGGGGCAGCCCUGAGUGAGUGACGAGCCGCCGGCGCUGGCAUCUGGGCACAGGCGAUGGGCAGCGGGCGUGUGGUGCUCUGGGCCCUGCCUGCCUGCAGCUGAGGGGAACCCCCGGCCUCCAGCCCAGCCACCAUGGUGAUGUCCCAGGGCACCUACACCUUCCUCACCUGCUUCGCCGGCUUCUGGCUCAUCUGGGGCCUCAUCGUGCUGCUCUGCUGCUUCUGCAGCUACCUGCGACGCCGCCUCAAGAGCCAGCAGGAGGAGCGGCUGCGGGAGCAGAACCUGCGCGCGCUGGAGAUGGAGCCGCUGCACUACGAGGGCUACUCAGGCAGCCCCCCUGGCAUGGCCAUGGCCAUCCCCCCCCGGCUGCGCAUGGAGCCGCGCCACCCCCCCGGCCCGCCCCCGCGGCCAUGGAGCUACCGGCACGAGUCGGACCUGUCCAAGCCCCCCUGCUACGAGGAGGCGCUGCUCAUGGCUGAGCCGCCACCGCCCUACAGCGAGGUGCUCAUGGACACGCGGGGGCUGUACCGCAAGAUCAACGCCCCCUUCCUGAGCCACGAGCGCCCCGAGAAACAGGAGCAGCCCCCCAGCUACAAGCCCCUCUUCCUGGACCGGGGUUACGGCGCAGCCCUGCACGUGCCCAGCUCUGCCAGCCAGGGCCCCGCCUUCUACCUGGAGGCUGAGCGGGCCCAGCGCAUGUUCCCCAGCUGGAUGGACUCGGAGCUCAGCAGCAGGGACACGUAUGAACCUGGGGCCUGGCACCUCCCUGUCUCCAUGCCCUUGUUUGGCAGGACUACGGCGGUUUAGGGGCCUGCCAGGCAGUGCGCCACCCUGGAGCCUGCAUGGACUGGGGCUGCAGCAGAGCCUGCCUGAGCCCUGGGGCUGUCACUGGCGCAGCUGGGCUCAAGCUGCCCAUUCCCCUUGGGAGCCGCUAGCGCAAACCCUGCCUGGACAAUGUGACGUGCUGCCUGCUGCGGCCAGUGUGUGAGGGGCUGGUCCCCGUCUUGCCCCGUGGGCCCCUGCAGGCCCCCUUGGUGCUGACUGGGGCUCCGAGCAGGCCCUGCACUCGGCUCCUCCCUAGUUUGUUUGUUACAGUUUGAGAAUAAAAGUUUGUGGCACCAGAUUCAUUCCAAGCAGGGCCAGGCUGCCUGGGUGGGGGGGACUGGGGGCAGGAUCCACCCUGCCCUCCACAAUGGGGCCUGGAGUAUCCCGCUCAGCAGGUGAGCACAGCCCCCCAGGACCCACUCUCCCUGUGGGGUGCUCAUCAGGGCCGGCUCCAAGUUUUCCUGGGGUCCCCCGGCUC